UGUAAGAGCAGAUCACAGAUCAAAACGGAUCGACGUUAUAUUCAAAAUCAAAUUUUUAAACGCGUGUGAGGUGAAAAUUUGCAUAAAUUGAGUCUGAGUGAUAAUGACCAGCUAUACUGACAGAGGAACCAAACCUGAAGCCGGCAAAUUCCUAAGCUUUGAUCAUUUAACAUUCUUUGUUGGUAACGCCAAGCAGGCGGCCAGCUAUUAUACCACUCGUUUGGGUUUCGAACCACUUGGCUAUCAGGGUUUGGAGACGGGAGAGCGUCGCUAUGCUAAGCAUGCUGUGCGUCAAAAUAAAAUUGUCUUUGUCUUCGUUUCGGCCUAUAAUCCGGAUGAGCAAGAGCAUGGAUUGCACUUAAUGAAACAUGGCGAUGGGGUCAAAGAUGUGGCCUUUGAGGUAGAAGAUUUGAAUGCCAUCUUUAGCCUGGCGGUGGCUCGUGGAGCUGAAGUGGUUCGCGAUAUAUGGGAAGAAAGUGAUGAAAAUGGAGUUGUGAAAUUCGCUACCAUUAAGACGUAUGGCGACACCACGCACACUUUUGUGCAGCGUCGUGGCUAUGUUGGGGAAUUCUUGCCCGGAUUCCAGCGAGCUGUACCCGAUGUUCUGUUGCAAAAUUUGCCAUCGACUAAAUUGAAUUUUAUUGAUCAUGUUGUGGGUAAUCAGCCCGAUUUGGAAAUGGAGAGUGUUGCCUCUUGGUAUGAGCGUAUUCUGCAGUUCCAUCGUUUCUGGUCUGUCGAUGAUUCACAAAUUCAUACGGAAUAUUCGGCAUUGCGUUCCAUUGUUAUGGCCAACUAUGAGGAGACUGUUAAGAUGCCUAUCAAUGAGCCGGCCAAUGGCAAGAAAAAAUCCCAAAUUCAAGAAUAUGUGGAAUACUAUGGCGGAGCCGGUGUACAGCAUAUUGCCUUGAAUACGGACGAUAUAAUACAGGCUGUGAGCAAUUUGAAGGCACGUGGCACGGAAUUUCUAACAAUUCCCUCAUCAUACUAUGAGAUUCUUCAGGAGCAGUUGGCGCAUAGUCGCACAAAGAUCAAGGAAGACAUGAAAAUCCUUCAGAAGUUAAACAUUUUGAUUGACUUCGAUGAGAAUGGCUAUCUAUUGCAGAUUUUUACCAAGAACUGUCAGGAUAGACCCACACUUUUCCUGGAAGUCAUUCAACGUUACAAUCAUAAUGGCUUUGGUGCCGGCAACUUCAAGUCCUUAUUUACGGCCAUUGAAAUUGAACAGGCCAAACGUGGAAAUUUGUAAAUUAUUAUUUCGACGAUAUGCAAAAUAAAUUGAUAUAGCAGCAGCA